GUCGCCGCCGUCAGAAGCUUCGUCUCUUCUGUCUGACUCGGUUAUGGAGGACGUUCUAGCCACGGCAGACGGAAAGGCUCUGGUUAAGCUGGUGAAGUUAGGGCAGAAGAAUGCUUUUAAAGGCGAACACGGACAAUGGAAGGAGUUCCUAGAUUUCUUCGACAAACAGCUCGGAUCCUCGAGCUUGAGUGAUCCUUCGAAGCGGCACAGAGAUGACUUGGUCGCUUUUCUUACCACACUCAAGAAGAAACAAGAUUUGCAGCUCUUGGCUAGGGUUCUGAAACUCGACAAUGAUCUUUUCGAGAAAUUCAGAAAGAGAUCUCCGGAUGAGACUGCUGAGCAGAGGCUUGUUCGAAUGACUCUUACGCAUGAUGAGUACCCGUUAGACUAUUUGUUCCCAUCUUACGCUGAGGAUUGGGUUGUAACAGGGCUUGGAAAGAAGAAGAUGGAAUCGACCAAGAUCGAAAUGAUUGCUAUUGAUUGUGAGAUGGUUCUUUGUGGAGAUGGGAGUGAAGCUGUUGUUAGAGUUGCUGCCGUUGACCGUGAUUUAAAGGUGAUUCUUGACGAAUUUGUGAAACCGCAUCAACCAGUUGUUGACUAUAGGACUUUCGUUACUGGACUUACUUCUAAAGAUCUUGAAAAGGCUACACUCUCGGUGGUAGAUAUACAGGAAAAGUUGCAGAUGUUUCUUUCUGAGGAUACUAUUUUGGUAGGUCAAAGUUUGAAUAAUGAUCUAAAAGUAUUGAAGAUGGAUCAUGCCAGAGUAAUAGAUACUUCACUUGUGUUUAAGUAUAACUAUGGUGGUACAAGAAAGCCUUUAAGACUUAAAAGACCUUCUUUGAACUAUCUGUGCAAGUGUAUAUUGGGUUAUGAAGUGCAGAAAGAAGGUGUUCCCCACAAUUGUGUUCAUGAUGCAGAAGCUGCGAUGAAACUUGUACUUGCUAUACUAGAUAAUGGAGUAGAGACCUCUGUUCCACUAUCUAAAGAGAUGUUGGAAGCUGAUAAAUCAAGGCUCUACCUUCAUUGCAUCCCUUGUAAUGUUCCAUAUGAAGAGUUAAAUGGUGUUGUUUCCAGGGAUAUCCCACACGAAGUUAAGCCGUCAAAGAAACAAGAUCGUCACUUCUACAGCGCGAUUGUUGUUUUUAAAAGUCCAGAAGAAGCAAACCAAGCAUUUGAAAACAUUGCGGGAGACUUGGGAGAGGAUUCGACGGGUUUGUCACAAAAACAAAUCUUUCUAGAGCCGAGUUCAUCAAGACUUGGAUCAUACAUUUUCGUUCGUAAAAUGGUUGAAGAGGAUUCGGUUGGGGAAGCCUCUGCAGAGGAGAAGAAUGCAAGUUCUAAGAAACGGAAGAGAGAAUAUGAUUCUAAAGAGAAGACCAGAGAGAGACACAGAUGUAAACCAUUCCGUAGAGGAAAACAGAGAAGCUAUGUGAAACGCAGAUAAAAUAAAGGAAAUGAUAAGAUGAUAAAUAAACCUUGGAUGACCUUGAAAAAUAAUUUAACCAUGCCUCAGUUUUGUGUUGAAUAAUCAUUGAUCCCCUCAAACCUUGUUUCCCUUUUUGUUUUGUUUU